ACCAGAGGCAUCAAUAAGACCAGCGGACCCUCCUCGAAACCGCCCACGGCCCAACGAUCCCACUGCCGCAAACCGCCCCAAAGCCAGCGCCGAAAGUCGAAUCCGAAAGCCCCGCCCCGCGCAGGGCCCGCCCGAACGUUUCCCCUUCCUGGGCCUCCAUUGGCCAAGUCUGAACGGUCGCACGUCGAGGCGCCUUAUGGGAAAUGUAGUUCACGCCCCGCUUCAGGAGCCAGCGGCGCCCUCCCUUAUCGCCUUGGCAACGACCCAGCCGCGCCGCGAGGAGAGCCGGGAAUGGAGGUCGUGGCGUGAGGGGCGCCGAGCUACGGGAGGCGGAGGCCACGGGAGUUCCGGGAGUUCCGGCGUUGCCCAGCAGUCCGCAGUCCUCGGCGGGAAAUCUGUCCCGGCGCCCCAGGCAGCUCUGCGUGGGCCGGAGUGACUUUCUCGCGAUCCCCUGGGCGAGGUGAAGGGCAAGGACCCUUGCCGCGCCUUCCACGCUCCGUGCCCCACCGGCGAGUGGCCCCAUCUUCCUCAGACUUGUCGCUCGCGGACAGGCGCCGUGGGUCUCCCGGGCCUCCGUACCAUCCUCCUUCCCCGCGGCUCCGGGAAGCGGCUCCGGGAAGCGGCUCCCUGUCUUCGGACGCAUUUCAACCGCUCGGGGAGAGCUUCCCGGGAAGAUUCCACGGCGGCCGAGGGUUUCAGCCCCUGGGACGCGUUUCGGCUGAGGCCGUGGGUCCAGGCCACGGGUUCCGCCCGCACUGUCCGAUGGCCGGGGAGGCGGAGGUUCAGUUGGACCCAUCAUUGCAGGGCUUGGUGAUGUUUGAGGAUGUGGCGGUAUAUUUCUCCAGGGAGGAGUGGGGGCUCCUUAAUGUGACCCAGAAGGGCCUAUACCGGGAUGUGAUGCUGGAGAACUUUGCACUCGUUAGCUCACUGGGACUUGCACCUUCGAGAUCCCCUGUGUUUUCCCAACUGGAGAAGGAUGAACAGUUGUGGGUGCCCAGCUGGGUGGAUGUGACUCCAGUCAGCAGAGCAGAAGCCAGGAGAGGUUUUGGUCUUGAUGGUCUAUGUAGAGUGGAGGAUGAGAGAGCCCGUCCCGAGCGUCUGAAGAGCUACAGAGUCAUCCAGCCCCAGGACACUCAUGGUGAGGGGAAACCAAGAAGGCACACUGAGCAUGGGGCAGCCUUCCCACCUGGUUCCAGCUGUGGGCAGCAGCAAGAAGUCCAUGUGGCAGAGAAGCUGUUCAAAUGCAGUGACUGUGGGAAGGUGUUCUCAAAGGCCUUUGCCCUCCUUGACCAUCUGAUAACGCAUGCUGAAGACAGACCCUUCAGAUGCCCAGCAGGCAGAAGUGCUUCCAAGGAGAAGUCAACUCACAUUAACCCCCGAAAAAUUCGACCUGGAGAAACGGCCCAUGUGUGUAAUGAGUGUGGGAAGGCCUUCUGUUACCCGUCCAAGUUGAGGAAACACCAGAAGGUUCACACAGGCAUAAAACCUUUUAAGUGUAGUGACUGUGGGAAAACCUUCAACCGCAAAGACGCCCUGGUUCUACACCAGAGGAUUCACACUGGAGAAAGGCCUUAUGAGUGCAGCAAAUGUGGGAAAACCUUCAGUGUUCUGUCUACCCUCAUUCGGCACCGGAAAGUGCACAUUGGAGAAAGGCCCUAUGAGUGUACAGAAUGUGGGAAGUUCUUUAAAUACAGUAAUAGCUUCAUUCUUCACCAGAGAGUUCACACUGGAGAAAGGCCUUUUGAAUGCAAGCAAUGUGGGAAAGCCUACGUGACCCGUUCAGGCCUCUAUCAGCACUGGAAAGUCCACACUGGGGAACGGCCCUAUGAAUGUAGCCUGUGUGGGAAAACCUUCACUACCAGAUCCUACCGCAAUCGGCACCAGCAGUUCCACACUGAAGAGAGGUCUUAUGAAUGUACAGAGUGUGGGAAAGCCUUCAAACAUAGUUCCACCCUCCUUCAGCACAAGAAAGUCCAUACUUCAGAAAGGCCCCAGGGGGACAGGUCACAUGGGAAAGUCAUUAGCUGCUAGCACCGUGUUCAUCAGGAAGGGCCUUUUUCCCGAAAGGAGAUUGAGGAGAGUGGCCAUGAGAGUGCCAUCUGAAAGAAGCUAAACCUUGUACAUCCCAACAUCCACCCCGGGGAGAGUUCCCAUGUGUGCCUGGCGUGUGGGAAGCUUUCAGGAGCCACACUGCACUCUGACUUGCCUGUGGCUGUUGGGAGUGUCACAUCACUGUCAGUUUAUCCACCGCCAUCCUCCUCUGUCCACCCCGUAAGGUCCCUACAGCAAGUGGGACAGGAGACCUUGUGCUCCUUGCUCUAAACAGUAGAGAAUCAUUAAUGGUAGAGCCCAAAACAGACCUCAUUCCCUACCCCUGACUGGUUUAGCUGUGGACAUGACCCACCUCUGGCCAGAGGAGCUGACCUGGUAUCUGCUGGGGGCUUCCUGGGAAGGUUUACCACUUUCAUGGACAUGGUUGACAUCAUACGUGGUAUUUGUCAUGCUCUAGCAUGGACUGUCUCAUACUGCUCUGGACUGUGUGGCAAUAAAGGUUUUAUGGUUUAAGCCGCUUAAA